AAUCUGGAACAAUUAAAGCAGCCACUGGCAAGAAACUGCGGUUGGGUGAAUCAGACUGUGGCGAGGAUUUACCUAGUCCACUAAAAAGGAAUCCAUGCGAUCCACCCAAGGGCCCCUGUCAACCUAGUGAGCCACCGGGCUAUCCCUCGAAACCGAAACCCAAAAGAAAGCCAUUUUGUGUAAAAUGCCCACCCAAGAAACCGUGCAAGAAUGACAAAUGCUGAAUCGCGUCAAUAAGAGACAGAGGGUACGUGGAGGCAUUAGCGGUUACCGUAAAUGUUAUCUACUGAAAACUGAGAAUUUUACUAUUAUUAUUCCUAGAAAAAUAAUAAAAAUAUAUAUCUCUCAUUCUUUAUUUCUUUUUCUGAACUCUGUAGGCUGUUAAGAAGCUAAAAUUGAAACAAGUAGAAGCAUUCUUGAAACGCCUAUUGAGACCUUCUAUUGGAGUGCUGGAGAAAUAUUUUAGUUUGAAAACUGGAUGCAAUUUGAAGCUGCAGCCUGUCUUGGGAACAGAAAAAUUAAGCUCUAAUCGAUGGAACAGUGAAUUGUCGAUGAAGAUACCUAAUUCAAGAUUGAUUUGUAUAAGAGGUUUUAGUUCUUGCAUGAACAGGUCCAAAAAUAUCUUUAUAGUGCAUAAAACAUUAGAUAAAAUUUGCGAGGAAUCAAAAAGACAUUUUUCAAAGCAUUUAGUCAUGACAGAAUGUAAGCAGCUCUUUUUAAGGAAAUCACCAGCAGCAAGACCACUUUGUUAUUCAAUGAUAGCAUCCUCAUCUUCUUGUCUACCAUCUUUCAAAUCGUGUCCGCCAACAACAUGUAUUUUACUGUCCGUACCUUGUCAUCAUGAAUCAAUCAAUUUAAAAUGUCAGAACAUGUUGAAUUCUCCAUGUUCUCCGCCCUAUCUCGUUGUACAUCCGAAACCCAUCAAGAAAUCGCAAUCUCUGAAAAUUUACAACAAGUGUCUAUUAUCGCUAAAAAACUUGAAGUUACCAUCGCCUUCGUCAUUCAAAUAUUCAAAGCUUAACUCUUUGGAAUUACGAAAGAACAAAGAGAUAUUAACUCAUCACAGUCCUUCUUCUCUGAUUUCUUUGCAUAGAGUUCAUAGACGAGGAUUUCAUAUUAUUUCAUUCUGUCUUGCCGAUUCAAAUUCUGACAAAUCUUUUGGUUGCAAAAAGAUAGAUGAAAUUUGUCAAUCAACCGAAGUGAAGAAAACCGAUCAGAGCGCCCAAUCUUGCAAUGAAAAGAGUGACGGUUGCUAUCAAAAGAAAGUCAAGUGCGACAAACGCCAACAAACGCCAAAGGAAAAUAAAGCAAUAGCUAAACCAAAACCGGAGACAGAGCAAAAGAUUGUAGAUCCUGUAUGUAAAAAAGAUUGCCUUGCGAGAGGCAAAUGCGAAUGGCCUCAUACCGUCCCACCACCAAAGAUGGAGUAUGUCAAGGUAACGUGUCCGCCACCGAAGUUUACGAGACCUAAUCCGUGUCCGUCAACAUCGGAACACUUCAAAAAGGAUGAUGCAUCUCAUCCAGAGAUUAAGAAGACCAACUUCCAGAAGAAACAGGUUUGCUCUCCACCACCAUUGCCAAAACCGCCGUAUGAACCCAUAAUUCUUUGUCCUUGUCCACCGCCACGUAAAGUGCAUCCUGGCGCGUGUCCAUGUUAUGAGAUGAAAGUAGUUCCUAAACCAACCCUGAUGCAACCAUGUCCGUUGAAGAAGCAAUAUCCGUGUCCAGAGGACAUACAUUAUUGUCUUCUGGAGAAGAAUCCUUGCAAUUUAUUUAAGGACAGUGACUGCGAGCUAAAGAAAAAGAAAAAGACAAAGACAACGAAAACGCCGGCAUUAUAAUAUUGAGCAAAUAACAUGUAAACACAAGUAACACAAUAUUAGUCAUUAUUCUCUCUCUCUCACACACACUUUUUUCUUUAUUUACCCCUUUUCUCUUUCUUUUCCUCUCUUUAAUACAU